CCGUAUUCACCGUCGCUGGACGACACACCGCCGUCCACCACAGAUAUUCUUCGGCCCGUUUGCCGUUCUGUCAGCUUCCCGAUUUCCAUCGACACUAAGAUGCAGCCCAAGAUGACCGUUUUGUGCACACUGCUGACGUUCGUAGUCAUCGUCGCAGUUUCGAGUCUCACAGCUGACGCAGUACCGCACAGCCAUGAAAGUUAUUGGGAUCAGCAGGAUGACAUAGACCGAGACGAAUUCCUAGAGAUACUUUCUCGUCUUAGUCGCACCGUAAUGAACCGCCCCGUGAUGGAAAACACCAAACGAGGAUUGGAUCUGGGUAUCAACCGUGGCUUCAGCGGUUCUGAAGCGGCGAAACACUUGAUGGGACUCGCGGCGGCGAACUACGCCGGCGGUCCCGGGCGAAGGCGUCGCUCGGCGUAGAUCGCAGACACGAUCGCUGAUGCAGAGAAAUUACUAUCCGUAACAACUCGUAAUAUAAUGACACUUCCGACUCGAUCCUUCCACUUUAUCUCUACCUCGAGCUUGAAUCGCCGAUCUCAAAAUCGCCGUCGCCAGUGGCGUUAUUAAGUGUGCGCGCGUGAAAUUGGGCUAUUAAAAAAAAAUUACUCCUCCUACUCCUAAAUAAACCUAUAGAAUGCGUUUAAACACGUACGCUUUCACUUCUGCGAAAUGUGAAUCGUACAUAAAUUUGUUAUGAGUAAGAGAAAUUAUGAUCCUAAUGAAUUAAUUAAUGUUAUAUAUAUAUACAUAUAUAUUAAUCGAUGUUGUGUGAUGUAUUUAAUCUAUUUUUCAUCCCCUUCGCCCUUCACCGUACUUUUCCACUUAAUUACACCACUGGCCGUUCGUGUCCGCUGCGCUGCUGAAUUGCAAAUUACUUCUCGUUUUUGUAGAAGCGGAUGCGAUAAUGUUAUGUAGCGAGGAUGCUUUCAUCUCAAAUUAAUUUCAAAUAACGAGCGUCUAUACAUUUUUCAAAUCAUGUAAUGGAUGCAAAUUCGCGAAAAGAUUAGAAAAAGGAUUUAUUUGUUUCACACAAAAUCAAUGCAUAAUUCAAUCUUUCAUUAAAAGAUUAUUUAACAAUAAAUGAAACUCUUUUUAAAUAAUUAUGCAAAUCACAGUUUGAGUCUAGAGUAUUCAUUUACACACGCAUGUCUCUUUAUAUAUUAAUAUCAAGUUUUUACAACAUUUUUAUGAAUGAAUAUAAAUUAAUUGACCUUAAAAUUAAAAUUUCUCUCCUCUUUAACUAAACCAAAAAAUAUUUUGUGAAACUUCUCACCAAAUGUUGCAUUUAUUAUCGCAUUUUUUGCAUUUAUUAAAAAUGCAUUUAUCACACAUGUCAGCCACGUGUAUGGAUUAGGAACUUUAUCCAUGUCGCGAAAUAAAUGAACGGGAUAAACGUUGGAUUUUGCUGAUCCAACAGCGCGGCUCCCCGGAGUCGCGCCUCCGCGAAUCAAUGACGCUCCACUUCCGGACUCGAUUUAUUCUAGCCAUUACUAUCUGCAAUUGAAAUCGUAUACCGCGCGAUGAGCUCAUCCUACGUUCCCUCGAGCGAACUGUCCCGCAAAGAGAAUUUUCUCUUGAUCCUUUGCGCGCGCAGAAUAAUUUUUCUCCCGUAUUUCCGACGCUCGCUUCGUUAUACUUUCAUAUUGAACAAUUGUAUUGUACGAUUGCCUCGCAUCUCUUUCGCGUCUCCCGCUGUCUUUCUCUCUCUCUCUCUCUCUCUCUCUCUCUCCUCUCCUAUCCGAUUCCCCACUGACUCUUGUAAAAAAGAAUCCUUGUACUUACUAUGAUAAUCGUAAUCGAUGUUGCGUUCGUUAAAUCGGGUGUUCUCAAACUUUGUUCGCGCCGACGGAACGACAACUAAAUGCGCAUUGCAUGCAAAUUCCUCGUGGAUAAAACUGACUUCAUCGGUCGCUUUCAGUUGCGUAAGAAACAUCGUAGUGACUUUGAACGAUCGUGAUUUUGUUUUACGUAUACUUGUCGAGCGUUUUACGGCACCCCGAUGUGUCGCGCGAAAUAGUUUGAGAAACCUGCUACUUAGGUCACUUUGUUUUACUAGCUCCGACGUCUUAUCUACGCCUACGCAACAACGUGCACUGGAUGCACUGCACUCGCAUAAAACACAAAUCAUAUAAAAGCGCGACGUAGAGGUAGUAAAACUUCGUCCCUUUCCGUGUUAUAGACUAUAUUAGAUUUAGUCCGUAGGUCAGGAGUGUGCAAUGUUCAGUUUGCUUUAAAAUAAAAAAAUAAUAAUUCCCUUUUUUGAAAUUAUAUCGCAAGUUAUUCUAUUAAAUUAAAUAUAAAAUUAAACGGAGGGAAUAAAUUUUAAAAGCAGAACGCAAUGUUUGGCUUUCCGAAUGUAAUCAAAUUAAUUGGCUGAAAUAAUAAUCUUUUGCAGCAAACGUUUAUAAAUUUUCACUAACGGAUAGCAAACUUUAUAAAGCUCAAAUGCCGCGAAUAUUAUACCAAAAAUGAAAUCAAUGUAAAGCAAAGUUUAUAAUGCGGCUUGAUUAAUUCUAUUUAAUUAAAUUAAAUGUAACUCAUUUUGACAUUUGGAUUGCGCACUCCUGUCAACAGGUGGUAACCAAAGCGUAUAGUAAAUAUCGAUAAUGUUUCCGUUAAUUACACUCGAUGAUAACACGCGAUAUAAUUGGAAGGCUUGGAGCAACAACUCGCUAAUAUACGUAAGUCACGCGAGACUCUCAGAUUAUACUCCUUUGCAGAAUUGAAGAGAUACAGAAAUUCACACAUUGUCUUAUUGUUAGCAGAACAAUGCGAUAUAUGUUCGAUAUAGAUAUAGUUAUAGUCACACCAAGAUUCAGCUUAAUUUAUUUUUCUAUACAUCAAACGUCAAUUUACCUGUUGUUAAAUAAUUUGCAAUAUAAUAAUUAAUAAAUGAUUUAACAGCAUUAUGAUAUUUCUGUUACCAUUCCGAAUAUGAUUCAUUAUUUUGUUGCUCCAAAUCCUUACAAAUAGUAACCUAGUCAAUGUGCGCUUGUGUUUCAUAAAUAAAUUAUGUAACGUUCUAGAAAUAAAUAUCUGCCAGCGAACGAACUGAUUCGUUUUGCUUAAUCGCGAAAUAUCGUUUGGUUAUCACCGACACCAGAACGAAGCGCGUGAAGUCGACCUGCGUCAUUUCUGUGUAUUAUAAAGAGAUUUAUUGCCUCUAGUGAAAACUGAUCGUAAAUAAAAAUUACCUACUUUAACCCAGC